AUGCCAUCUGUGGGCCAGGCAGCACUGCAACAGCAACAGUAUCUCAACCUACUACUACAGGCGCAACAGCAGCUACUGAAAUAUCAGCAGUCUCCGCAGCACCAACUCCAACAACAGUAUCUACAACACCCACAACUAUUACAGCAACCGGUGAUGGCUAAAUCUCAACAGACAGCUCUCUCACUUUUAACCGCCUUUGGCCUGCCUGCCAAUGGGCUAUUUAACCUUAACAAACCCACAAACUCGAUUUCUAAUCCUUCAUUCCCUCAGCAACUACAAACCCCACCUCAAGGAUCUCCCCUUCCCAAUACACAGGCUGUAGCCAAUCUAUCAACCCUUGGUCCUCCAAUGUCAUCGCUUCUGACAUCAUCGGCUACACAGGCGGCUAUACCACUCUACUCCACUUCACCGGGCAUCACUUCCAUUACCACUACCACCACUACUGCUGUCACCGAUUCAUCCGGCAGUAUAUUACUACCACCGCCUCAACGCUUGGUGGAUAAUGAGCCAUCAAUUAGCUCUGGUCACCAACAGCCAUGGCAGAUUGGUCAGGCACCUAUACAGCUGCAACAACAUUGGCUGAAUAAUCAAAUUUAUCAACAGCAAUUACGAAGUCUUCUUAAUUCUUUGGGAUCUUCUAGACCUUGCCAAGAUCAGGCUCGUACUGUGCCUGUAUUGUCUAGCCUGGCCUCCACCUCGUCUUCGCCUCCUAUACCCUCGGCUGCUCCAUCAAAUCUUCCUGCAACCUCUCUUGCUCCCAGCAACUCUGCUGUACUAUCUUCAUCAUGGUCCGGACAGGUAUCAGCUCCAAUGACAGUAAUGGCUGGCCAACUGGCAACCACAACCACUACCAGCACCACCAGUACAAUCGCCACUGCCAACGUAGCUAUCUCUACAACCGGUAAUGAGGCAGUUGGAUCUGGCUCGGUAUCAACCGGAGCUAGUCUGGCUAGCCUUUGUGCACUUGCGGACAUGCUCGGUGCUCCUAGCCAUCCUCUCCCAAAUGAGUUCGCCUCGCUUACGCGAAAUCAAACACUAAUAGGAACUUCGUCAAUAGCCCCUGGAUCUUCCAGUGUUAGUCAGCAAACCGGUAUGGCUCUUCUCGGUCAGUCAGCUAUCCCAUCUUUGUUAGCACAGCACCUAUUAUUUUCACAGGAUGGACACUUGGUUGAUCAUCCACAAAUCAACUCCUUUCUUGGAACGCCUUUUGAGAAUUUGACAUACAAUGCUGGAACGGUCGUACCUGCGUCACUAGCACACAUUGCUGGACAGACAAAUGCUACGCCAGUCCUGAGUGGACCCUCAAUUUCCCAGUCCGGACCAGCUAUCGCAAACUUUCCUAGCAGGACAGCCGGUAUUUCACAUGCUUCCUCGCUUGGACAGGUAUCUAUUCUUUAUGCCUUAAGUUUAUUUUAA